AUGAUGCGACGGCCGCCUCCCGAUAUUCGCAACACGUACUCGCUGCUCGUCCUUAACAUCACAUUCCGAACCACGUCCCAGGACCUGAUGCCACUAUUCGAGCGCUACGGCACGGUUUCUGACAUUUUCAUUCCAAAGGACAAGCGCACGGGCACGUCACGGGGGUUUGCGUUUGUGCGCUUUAAGCAUGAGGACGAGGCAGCCAAGGCUGUUGAACGCCUUGACGGCACGACGGUGGAUGGGCGUGAGAUCAUGGUGAAAUUCGCCAAGUACGGCCGCAACGAGGAGAUCAUAGAUAAGGGCAUGAUCACUGAGGUUGGCCCGCCUCCCCCUCCCUCCAUGCACCAUGGACCUCGCUAUGAUCGUGCCCCCUUUCCCGGCCCCCCACCGUUUUUCGACGGUAGAGGAGGGCCGGAUUACAGGGCCAUGGGGGGAGGGUGGGGGGGACGAGGGGGGGGAUACGGUGGUGGUGGGGGGGGGGAUUAUAACAGGGGGAUGAUCGGGGGUUAUCGUGGUGGGGGGGAUUACAGAGGAGGUGGGGAUUACAGGGGAGGGGAUUACAGGGGGGGAGGGGAUUAUAGGGGAGGGGAUUACAGGGGAGGUGGGGAUUAUAGGGGCGGUGGGGAUUACAGAGGGGGGGGAGGAUAUAGGGGAGGUUCAGGAGAUCUGGAGGAUGGGGCGGGAGGAGGAGGGGGAGGGGAGGAGAAGAAGGAACGGUCAAGUGAGGACGAGGAGGAGAAGCAGUAG